AUUGGAUUUAAACCAUUAUAAAUAACAAGGGUUUUGGUCAUCACAAAGACAACAAAUCUCUCAAAGCAUUUGAGCUUAUAGUUGAUCAAAGAGAUGGCAGACAACUCUCAGAAGAUGAGCUACCAUGCUGGUGAGGCCAAGGGCCAAGCUCAGGAGAAGGCUAGCAACAUGGUGGACAGGGCUAGCAAUGCUGCUCAAUCUGCAAAGGAAUCAGUGCAAGAGGCUGGUCAGCAGAUGCAGGCUAAGGCACAGGGAGCAGCUGAUGCAGUGAAGGAUGCAACUGGGAUGAACAAAUGAAGCUGAAUAGUUUCAUUAUUAAGUGUUUACUUUUACGCAUUUUUUUGUAUAAAGAAGAGAGCUCUCUUUAUGUGUAGUUCUCUCACCUCAUGUGACAUUUGUUAUUCCUUUUUUAUGCGAUUUUGAUUUGAUCUCU